AUGCUUUCAAUAGAAAAAGAAAAUUCAAGAGUUGCUACAACUAAACCAUUAGAUGAACUUUUUACUAAUGUCGGUCAAAAGUUUGAGACAGAGACCGUAAAGCAUGAAGGCUAUCGUUUUGACUACCCAUUAAGAUGGUUAAGAGACCCAUCUGUCACAAAAGCUAUUGGCUUUCGUAGAAUGAAGUUCAUUUCAGAAGCCAUACAUGGUUUCCCAUUUACGGUCGGUUUUGAAGUUAAAUACUAUAACAAAGAAAAACGUACGUAUGAGAAAUUUGAACAGGGAAAACUUUUACAAGUGAAUUUGCUUGUAAACUUAGAAACAACUCUUCAAGCUUUUCAAGAAAAAAUAAACGAUAUCUAUCUCGAAUAUGCAAACCAGUUUAACAUUGACGAAGGAGAGUACCAUCUCGAUAUUAUAUAUGACAGGAAAAAUGCAACUGUUAAAAUCAAUAGAAUAGAAGACCUUGGAGAAAACGUUUAUAUUUCUACAAAAUAUAACAACUUGGCAUGGUAUAGGUUUUGA